AUCUGUUGGUCAUUUUCCUUUUGUCAUCUAACAUUCUGCCACAACUGUUUAUAGUUGGUAUCUUUUUCUUCCCUUCAGCAUUAUGCUUUUGCCACCAACUUCUGCUAGGAUCAAACACUUUAGCUUCAUGUUGGCCAAUUACAGCAUCCAACUUUUGUUUCCUUGUACUUCACUAUUCACAAGGUUAUCACCCUGAUCAGUCCUAGAAUUUUCAUUUUUCAACAACUUUUCAGUCCAAGAGAAUAAGAACAACUUCAUUCUUCUCUUAGUGGUGUGCUUUCACUUUUUGCUUUAUGGGGGGUGUCUCAAAGGUAAAAAGCCACUUAACUAUGCUGCUUGGAACUAGAAUUGAACAUAGUGGUAGUCAGUGAGUGAGUAAGUGUUCUUUGUUGUAAAAGGUCACCUCUAAUUUGUUGUUCUAGUGUUACCAUGCCUCCUUCUUACUUCCCUCUUCGUUGGGAGAGCACAGGGGAUCAGUGGUGGUAUGCAUCUCCUAUUGAUUGGGCUGCAGCAAAUGGACUAUAUGAUCUUGUCAUUGAGCUUCUUCACCUUGACACAAACCUUCUCAUUAAGCUCACUUCCCUUCGUAGGAUUCAUCGCCUUGAAACUGUUUGGGAUGAUGAGGCUCAGUUUGAGGAUGUUGCCAAGUGUCGUUCCAUGGUUGCAAGGAAUCUUCUGCAUGAGUGUGAGAGAGGAAGUGGGAACAACUCUCUCAUUGGUGCAGGGUAUGGUGGCUGGCUUCUCUACACUGCUGCUUCAGCUGGUGAUGUGGACUUUGUUAAUGAAUUGUUGGGGAGAGACCCCUUGUUGGUGUUUGGUGAAGGAGAGUAUGGUGUCACUGAUAUGCUCUAUGCUGCUGCUAGGAGCAAGAAGUCUGAGGUGUUUAAGAUUCUGUUUGAUUCUGCCCUCUCAAGAAAGGAGUGCCUUGGUGGUAGCAAUGAAGCAGAAUUGGAGGAAGGGGAGUUAGAUGGAGGUGCUUGGGUUUUCAAAAGGGACAUGAUGAAUAGGGCCAUUCAUGCUGCUGCUAGAGGAGGGAAUUGGGAAAUAUUGAAGCAGAUUCUAGCAAGUGUUUCUCAUAUUGUGUCAUACAGAGAUGCUCAAGGAUGUACAGUCCUGCAUGCAGCAGCUGGAAAAGGGCAGGUUGAGGUGGUGAGAAAUCUAAUUGUGUCAUGUGAUAUCAUAGAUUCAACUGAUGCUCAGGGCAAUACAGCAUUACACGUGGCUUCUUACAGAGGUUACUCACCUGUGGUAGAGGUUCUGAUUGAAGCAUCUUCCUCAUUAACAAUGUUAACCAAUCACUAUGGAGAUACUUUUCUUCACAUGGCAGUGGUUGGUUUUAGAAGCCCCGGUUUCUGUAGACUGGACAAGCACACUGAGCUCAUGAAGCAAUUGACAUGUGAAAAGAUUGUAAACAUGCAAGACAUCAUCAAUGUCAGGAACAAUGAUGGAAAAACAGCUCUUCAUGUUGCUAUUAUUCAUAACAUUCAAUGUGAUGUAGUGGAACUAUUGAUGUCUGUUCCAUCAAUUGAUUUGAACGUUCGUGAUGCUGAUGGAAUGACCCCUUUGGAUCAUCUAAAGCAAAGACCAGUAUCAGCAUCUUCUGAAAUUUUAAUCAAGCAGUUGAUUUCAGCUGGAGGGAUCUCUAAUUGUCAAGAUUCCAUCGCAAGAAAUGCUCUUGUUACUCAUCUGAAAACUCAUGACAUUGGAGCGAGUCCUGGAACAUCAUUUAGAAUAUCAGAUUCUGAGAUAUUGUUGUACACAGGCAUUGAAAAUUCAUCUGAUGCCAAUUAUGAUCAGGCAAGUGUAGAAUCAAAUUCAUGGGCAAGUGAAAUAAACAAUCAUGAUUCAGCCAAUUCCCAAAGUAACAGUAAGUCUAGUUCUUUCAAUUAUGCUGCAAGGCGAUUAAAGCUUCUACUUCAGUGGCCUAGUAGAAGAGACACAAAAGAAACAGCCUCAGAAUUGGAAGAUGAUGCUUCUGUGAAUUCUUUCAGUUCAAGGAAAAACUUCGAUGACUUUCCAAUCCCGUUAAGGCAAAGAUACUCUGAAAUGUGUUGUCUUCCAAACAACAAAAGAACACUAUCUAUAAGGACUUAUGCUCCAAGCCCAUUAGCCAAAAAGUAUUUUACCGCAGGCCUAAUGCAAGGUGUGAUUAAGGUAAAGCCACAUGUGCCUCUUCCUACUCAUUCAACUUCUAGUUCUUCUCAAGUGUUCUCUAUCUCUUCUCAUUCUUCAAAUAAUAAACCAAAACGUGUUGAUACAAUGGGACCCUCUUGCUCCAAUCGACCAAUUGAUGAUGGUGGCACCAUACAGUUGAACUACAAGCAAAGCUCUUUCAAUAAGAAAUUGAUGAACCGAUAUUUUUCUUUUGGAGCACAAGGCCAGGCUUUGGAAGAUGCAAAUAGCUGCACAAUGUCAAAUCCAAGCUCUAAGCGUUUUAGUUCUUUAGUUGCAUAGAUGUUAUAUAUGAGCCAUUUUGUAUGAAAGAAUCUAUUCUUCUUUUUCAAGGAUUAACAUGUUCAGAUUAUACAUUUGGGAAUAAAAUGGUACUGAACAUUUUAUA